AAAGCAGUUUAAUGGUUACGAGGCAUGCAGUUUUUGUCUUCAUCCUGGGGAUAUUGUUAAUAAGCAAAUUAGGUAUGGUUUUAAGCAAAAUGUUCCAAAGAGGAAUAUGAAGGAUACAUUAAAAGCUAUGGCCGUAAGCAGCUCUCGAGGUGACUCUGUUACCGGUGUUAAAGGUAUCUCACCAUUGAUAAGGAUUCCUAAUUUUGACGUAAUUCGCAACUGUCCCAUCGAUUACAUGCACGGGGUUCUUCUUGGAGUUUGUCGACAGCUCUGCCGCUUGUGGUUCGAAACUCCCAGUUGUCGAAGCUAUAUCAAGAAUAAGAUCAAUCUCAUUGAUCUUAUGCUUACAUCGAUGGACCCCUUCGUAGAAUCUUCACGAAAUGCUCGGAAAAUUUCCGACCGGAAUUCAUGGAAAGCGAAUGAGUGGUUGCAAUGGCUUCUUCAUUACAGUCCCGUAUGUCUUAAAAGCUUUUUGCCGCAGGAAUAUUAUGACCAUUACUAUUUAUUGGUCUCCUCGAUUACAUUGAUGGUUCAAGAUGAAAUAUCUCCAGAAACAUUUUCAAUCUGUGAAAAUAUGUUACAGUCAUUUGUUAGCCAAUUUGAAAAUUUAUAUGGAAUUCAAGAAAUGACUUAUAAUGUUCACCUUGUAUCACAUUUAGUAGACUGCUCAAAGGAUUAUGGACCAUUGUGGGCGUUUUCAUUAUUUGUCUAUGAAGAUAUCAAUGGAUUGCUUAAAAAAUAUGUAAAAGGACCGAAAGAACCAAUUAUUCAAAUUGCUAAUAGGUGUAUAAUGGCACAUAUGAGAUUCAAUACUAACGUCACUUUUAUGCAACCUAAUUUGAAGAAAUUCUGGAAUAAGCUAAAUAAAACGCAAACAAAGUAUGAAAUAAAAACAAAUGGAUUUUACCGUUUGAACAAUUCGAUUAAAAAUUCAUAUAACGAAAAGAUGAGCUUUGAAAAGGUAAAUGCAUUUGUAUACAAGGGAUUUCUGUAUAAACCUAAAUCAACAAUAGAAUCAAUCUCAAGGCAUGGAAGAAAAGCACAUAAUGAUUGUUAUUUUUCGAUGUAUGAAAAUUCAAAGACUGUGUUUGGUGAAAUUCACUAUAUUUUAAACGAUGGAGGUGAAACUUUCUUUUUGUACACAGAAAUUAAUGUAACAAUUAUAAAUGAACACAGUUGUAGGCUCUUAGAGUUAGGAAACUUAGCCUUGAUAAAGGUCAACAAUUCUUUGUUUAAGUAUAUCAAAAUGCAAAUUGAUGACAUGUAUUUCUUUUGUAAAUUGCAGUGUAAAUUACACAUCGAUUAAUAUUAAUAUCGAAUAAUUAAUAACAAAUUGUUUGGAAAACUGUUCAAUAAAUAAAUAAAUUCCACACUUUAAAUCUUUUUAUUUUACUCAUUGUUUGCCGAAUAAAUAUAAUCUGCACUUCAAUAUUCAUGUUUUUUUUAAAUUUAAUGUCUUAUGCUAAGAAAAUAUAAGGAAACUUUGUCGUACACUGUUAGAGUCCUGGAUAAGGUCCAGAGACAAUAUUCAAAGGUUGCAAAUUUUUAUUCUCUUAUUAUACUAUACUUACUAAAUCAUAUAUCAUAUUGUCACUGUCACUGAUACGAUCCUGUCAUAAUUUAUUGAGGUAAUAAAAUUUUGAACAUGUAUAAUGAAAUGAUACUUGGAAGAUAUUUCAUACUGGUACUGCUACCAAUAUAUUAAGUUAAUAGUUAGUACUAUAUCCCCAACUGUUUUUAAUUAUGCGGGACUGUUUGAGGAAAUAACCAUUGGAAUUUUUUUCGGUACCUUGGGAGAAGAUUGUCUUGUACGCUUCCGAGUGUUUCCUACAAAGAAGACCGGUUGCACAUCAUCCGCCGAGUCUGAGUCUUCGCUAUCAACUGGCAGCACUGAGAAAAGGUUACUGGAUUGAGGUUGGGUUGGUGGAGAAGCGCUCUUCAAUAUGGCGGCAUAAGAACGUUUGGAACGUUCUUUCAAAGAGCGCUUCUGUUUAUCCCAGCGGCUCUUGAAUGCCUCGCACAGGGAGAUAUCAUGGGGUGAGCCCCCGCAUUAGACACAUUUCUGCUCCAUUGCAGAGCACGCUCUUUCCCCAUGAGUCUCCCCACAGUUGGGACAACGCGUCUUGUUGCAGCAGUGGGACGCUGUGUGUCCCAAUUUUAUGCAAUUUUUACAUUGCAUCGGUCGAGGCACAAAGAGCCGCACAGGAAGCCUCAAAACUCCGUCAAUCAAGACGUAGUGAGGGAGGGCGGUACCGGCAAAGGUCACACGAAUCGAAGCUGAAGGAGUAUACUUUUUAACUCCAUCAACGACAGUGGCAGAAUUGAGUUGACGACAAUCCAAGAUUUCGACCGAAGUCGAAUCUAGGCUCUUAAACCUGCCAACGCCGUGAGACUUAACAUAUUCAGCCUCCAGACUCGAUUCGGUAAUCACGCCCUCGAUCUCUACGUCUCGAGACGGAAUAUAAACUUGGUAUUCUAAGUUUAAAAAAUAACUGACAAGAAUUUCGUUUGCGGCUUUCCGGUUGGCCACAACAACACGCAUUUUGUUCGGUCUUACCUUUACAAUAGAGGUUACGGAGGACCACCUCGCCAGAUCUUUGGUGAUCUGUACCACGUUUAAACUUUUACCAUUAGUUUUGGGCCGGACGAAAAUCACCCACGGUCCAGAAGAGGUUGAGCCCUCUGGAUAAAAACGGAGUCGAGUUGUUUUACUCUCAGCCGAAGAUGGCACUAUGGGGCAGCCCCAUACAAUGAGGCGGCAAAAAGUAUAAUUUUGCUAUUUAUGAACUUUUUUGAAGAUGAAAUUAGUUGUUUACAUUCGAAACCCAAUAUAAACUAUUUUCGGCUUUGGUUUUACAUGUGUGCUUAGAAAGGACAAUAAAAUUGGAACAUUAACUCGUAAAAAUGCAUAGUGUAGUUUUGAAACA